GAGGGUUGGGAUUUGUUUUGUGUUUUUCGAUAAAUGAAUGGAUCAUCAACAGUGAGGUAUAUACGUCAGGACUUCAGCUAUUUAGCAAAAUGGUCAAGCUUACUGCAGAAUUGAUAGAACAAUCGGCACAGUUUACGAAUCCGGUGCGAGAUAGAGAAUUAGACUUGAGAGGUUACAAAAUUCCAGUCAUUGAAAAUCUUGGUGCCACAUUGGACCAGUUCGACACAAUUGAUUUCUCAGACAAUGACCUCAGAAAGGUGGAUGGCUUCCCAUUACUACGACGACUCAAAUGUUUGCUCUUCAACAACAACAGGAUAGUGCGAUUUGCAGAGAAUUUGGAAGAAGGUCUUCCUCACUUAGAGUCCUUAAUUCUCACAAACAACAGCGUGCAGGAGUUGGGAGACAUCGACCCUUUGGCAUCUGUCAAAACACUACAAUAUCUCAGUUUAUUACGCAAUCCUAUCACAACAAAGAAACACUACAGGUUGUAUGUAAUUUACAAAUUACCCCAUCUCAGAGUGCUGGACUUUCAGAGAAUAAAACUCAAGGAAAGAGAAGCUUCUGCGAAAUUGUUCAAAGGAAAGAAAGGCCAGCAGCUGGCAAAAGAUAUUGUCAAGAAAUCGAAAACGUUCACACCGGGAGAAAAAUUGCCUGAGAAGCGUUCAGCGGGACCAUCCAAAGAGGACAUUGAAGCUAUCAAGGCUGCUAUUUCCAAUGCAAAGACACUUGAAGAAGUGGAACGGUUAAACCAGUUGCUACGAGCAGGACAAGUGCCUGGGAGAGAUGCAAAGAGGUCCAAAGGCUCCAGGGAAAAUGGGCAGGAGGUAGAAGACGAAGAAGAAAUGGAUACACAAAUGAAUGGCACCUGAGAAUAAAAAUCUGUGCACAAACAAUUGCCCCCUUUUUUUCUGAAAACAUUGCAUUGUAAAUACAGUUAAUGCCUAAACCUUAUUUUCAUUUUUUCAUUGCCGUUAAAAUUUGAGGUGGUUAUCAUGAUUGUUGUAAGAGGGAGAUAAGGGUGUUUGUUGUUUGUGAUGAUGAUUUUUGUCUCUUGCAGGUCUCUUGAAAGAAUUCCUUCAGUUUGAUAAUCAUGCUAUUAAUUAACCAUUUUCCAUCAAAUGAGAACAUUUUCACCUUUCUUCUGCUAUUUCUUUGACAGACCUGUAUUAAAGGGGAAACAAAAUCUGAUGCCACAAGUUACAACAUGUAAACAUGAGUGCAAAAAGGGGAAUAACUCUGAACUAUGGUAUCAUUUUGUGUUUCCGGGGGUAAGCAAUGGGGUGUAGAGGUCUCUGUCAGACUUUGUUUUCCCUUGCUAAAAUUUCUGUUUUUGAAAUUCAAAUCAGAUACUUGUUGUUUAAGACCUUGACACUACACUAUUCACAUUUCUGAAAAGUUGUGAAGCGAAACCAAUUUCAGAUAUCAGCUGAGUUUGUAUCAGAUACUGUACUGUUGAUAGCGAUAUGUAUUUAUUAAAUUUACCCCAGUUGUGUCAUAUCAUACAUUUCCACAAAUUGCCUGUCUGUAAAAAACAAAACUGUUUUGAUCAAUAAAAGCCGAGAAGCCGUAUAUUAAAUCUUUGAA